GCAUUUCUCCAGCCUAAAAGGCUCUUAUGAGGUUCUUUUAUUUGAUAUAAAGUUUCAGGGUUCUGAGUAGUCGGCUAGGUUUCUGUAGGUAUAAACUUCAGUUGCCAAAGAAAAAUACCUUCAGAAGACCUUACUUUAUUUACCUGUUGACAAGUUUUAUCGUAGCUUGUUAGGCAUGUUUUCUGAAAUGUUAUAACUUUUUAAGGUUCGAAAUCAGCUUUUGAAAGUGUUUGGACUCUUCUAUAAAAAAGAGGUUCAGAUUACUAGAAGAGCAUCUAUACCAAAACAAUAAAAUGUAGCUUUAAUAAAGCGAAGCAUAGGAUUUAUUCUCUCCCGUCAAUGUUGAUGGAAAUGACCACUGUUUGUUCAUGCCCUUCAUACUCUUAAUGGAGAAGGGCAUAAAAAGCUUUAACAAGUAGAAUCGGUGCGGUUUGUCCUCUCUGUCUGAGUUAGCUUUUUUUUUUCUUUUUCUUCCUAUUUAAUCUCUGCACCUUACCCAUUUUAUCUUCAAGGCUUCCUCAAUCUAGCUAUUUGAUCGUGAUUAGUAAAAUAGAAUUCCACUUCUCAAUCGGCUUCGGUCUCUCUUCACCGCCAUAGACAAAGCUUGCAGAAAGUAUACUAUCAGUUAGCUUUGCCAUGGAAGACAUAGUUGAAAUCCUUAUGAGUAAUGAUCGUGAGAAAAUAAAUUCUAUAUUUUCCGGUGUUCGUGUUACAGUACCACAGCCCCAAAGUAAGUCUGAUUGGACAGAUGAUCGGCUGCUGAAUUUAAAAGGAAUCGUUUUGAGAAGAUAUAAUAAUCCAACCCAAUUAGCCACUAUCGUCAAAGAAGGUUUGACCUCGUUGCAAGAAAAUGUUUCUCAUAGAACCAUUGGCGCUAUCAUGGUUUCUGCAUGGAAUCUGUAUAGUGUAACCGAUAGGAAAUAUGUUUUCCCAGAAAUCCCCAUAAACACAACCCCGGAUGAUGUAGAAUUCACUGCAUUAAGCCAGAGUCCUUGUGUCACCAAUUCUAAUAAUCCAAAUGGAGGAGCAGAAAUUCAAUGGCCUGUGGAUGAUUCUGUAACCUGCGCCGUGGGAGCUUAUGUUUGUGCAUGUUUGCUUCGGCUUGCAACCAAACCCGCCUGCAACUUGCUUAGGGCUUGGGUUAACAUCAAAAAUCGGUAUUCUGAUUUAAACAAACGUCAUUUUGAGAUUCAGGGACUGAACCCCAUUCAAGAAAACCUUGAACUUGUUCAAAUGGAGUUCAGCAACCCGUCCUCGUUCAACAAUACAUUGUCGAGGUUUGUUUACCAUUUCAAUGAGUUAAGAGGAAAUGCAAAAGGGUUGGCUAGAUUUGCAUUCGAGCAACAUCUUUCACUCACUGGAUUGCAUAGUUACAAACUGUUUAGAAGAGUAACUGAUAAGCUCGAAGCCAACCCAGAUGAUCUUUCCGUAGAGUUGAAUAGUUCAGUAACUCAGCGUGGGUUGGAGAUGAUAGACACCAUUUUACAGAAGCUUGAAGGUUCAAAUGAUGAAAACCAGAGUAGGCAGACAUGAAGGUACGCUCGAUUGUUUGAUGCACAAAUGUUUGGUCAUCUCCAGACUAAAAACUGCAAGGAUCUGACUUCUAUUUUAGCUAUGAUUCUGAAGGAGAUUGGUGAUGACCAAGGCGGUGCUGGUGAUGUGUCUCAAAUAGUAGAGAUUCAAUCUAUACCCGAAUCGACUAGAAAUUUGCACCAGGAGAUUGCUUCUAGGGUAAUCCAGAAAUUUGCUUCGAAGACGACGAGAACUGGUUAAGAAGGGUUGUUGCAUUUGAGGGAAGAACAAGCUGUUUCUGAAUCUUAAUUUUUUGUUUUUUUUUGUGUAUAUAUAUAGUUUAUCAUGGUUUUGUUGCUUAUUCUCUCGUAGAGCUGUUAUCGUUGAGGGCUUGUCUACUAUGGUGUUCUUGUAUUCUAGCAGUAUUAUUAUUUUAAUACAUGUAUGGAGAAACAGAGAAUUGUCUUAAUGCUUGUAUGUAAUAAAUUUGUGUCUUAUAUUAAGUCUU